UUUUCCUAUUGGAGAAGUGGCCGGGAAUUUUUUUUUUUUCCGGGUUGGUCCGCUGGGAAGGCGGGGUCAUUUUUGCGGGAUUACUUUUCUGGACUCGUUUCUGAUUGGGUGAAGUGACGCAAUGCGCGCUCCCCAUUAGAUGCUAAACUGCGGGGAAGCCGGCUCUUUUCCUCUCGGUGCUGCGGCUCUUAAACUGAAUCCCUGGAGGAAACUUCCGGGCUUGGGCCACUGCAGUCUUGCGCUUGUUGUGUUUGCCUGUGCAUGCGACAUCUGUCUCUCCUGCAGAUUGGGAGGUUCAGGCCUCAUUCACUUCGGUUCCUUAAUUAACAGCAGAGACAUCAACAAAUGCUUGUUGAAUAAGGUCAAAUAAAGAGCUUGGGAAGGAGCGAAGCCUUUUUGACUUGUUUCAGUUGUUCCCGCCUACUCCAUCUUCUUCCAGCAAUUCUAACAGUCAUGGAGAAGCGCCUGCAGGAGGCUCAGCUAUUCAAGGAGGAAGGGAACCAGCGCUACCGGGAAGGGAAGUACCGAGAUGCUGUGAGUCGGUACCAUCGAGCUCUUCUCCAGCUGCGAGGUCUGGAUCCAAGUCUGCCUUCCCCGAUACCCAAUCUAGGACCUGAGGGCCCAGCUCUCACGCCAGAGCAAGAAAACAUACUGCACACCACCCAGACAGACUGCUACAACAACCUAGCGGCCUGUCUCCUCCAGAUGGAGCCAGUGAACUACGAACGAGUAAGGGAAUACAGUCAGAAAGUCCUAGAACGACAACCUGAUAAUGCCAAGGCCUUGUAUCGGGCAGGAGUAGCCUUCUUCCAUCUGCAGGACUAUGACCAGGCUCGGCACUACCUGCUAGCUGCUAUCAAUAGGCAGCCUAAAGAUGCCAAUGUCCGGCGGUAUCUUCAGUUGACACAGUCAGAACUCAGCAGCUAUCAUAGAAAAGAGAAGCAGCUGUAUCUGGGCAUGUUUGGUUAAGGAAGAAAAAAGAUGCUUCUUCACUUGAACUCAAGUGGACCGCUAAAGACCCAUCAAGAGAAACCUGAGCCUCAGCAAGAGAAAUUUACCCUUUACCUCUGACCCAGGUGGAUUUCUACUUUUCCUGUUCUGCACAAGCUCUUUGCUACUUAGACUGUCUGCAUCUUUUGUUGUUUAUCCCCCAGUAUAUUUGUAUGGCUUGCAAUUCAUAUAUUUGCCUUGAGAAAUAGACUAGAAAGCAUUCAUCCACUAUGGGUCUAAUCAGCUAUAUUUGUGGUAUCAAUUUAAUGAGAUGUUAUCAGAUUUGUUCAGAUACAGAGGGCCAGUAAAGGACAAAAUAGUAAAAACGGGCAGAAAGGAAUCUUGUGCUGGUUCCUCAGAUGCCUUUGUUUUUCCCAAUGGGAAAUAUAUAUUGUGAAACUAGAUACUGUAAAUUGAGCCCAAGUAUAUUUACAUUAAAGAUUUGAAAUCAAUCAUUUUGGGGCUGAAGAUGUAGCUCAGUGGUAGACUGCUUGCCUAACAUGGGCAAGGCCCUGUUUUGAUUCUCUAGUGCUGCCAAAAUAACUAAACAAUAAAAUCAAACUGCUUUGUUAUUUAAUUUUUGUUUUGUUUUUUUACACAGGGUUUCUCUGUGUAGCCUUGGCUGUCCUAGAACUGUAGACCAGGCUGGCUUCAUACAGAGAUCCACCUGCUCUGCCUCCUGAGUUCUGGAAUUAAAAAGGCAUGCCGCCCAACCACUGCCGAGUUCUUUUCUGCUUUUUUUUU